GUAGACGGUCCGAGGUGAGGUGCCCACAGCUGUAGGAAUAUAAAUCAGACGGCGCGUACCAUCAUGAAUGACCUGUAUCAUACUCAUAACUCCAAUAUCUCUUGUUGAAUCGGACGUCUCAUUCCACAAUCUCGUUAUCAAACAAUUGUCUAUCAACCAACUAUAUCAUGCCCGAGUUUAAGACAUAUCGCGGCUCAGCCUCUGGCGAGAUCAAAGAGAGCACUUCAACUGCGGAGCUUGGACCUACUCAAGUGCUGGUUCAAAUCACUCAUUCUGGCCUUUGUGGCACGGAUAUACACUAUAAACAUAGUGACAUAGCUCUCGGCCACGAAGGUGUUGGCGUUAUCAAACAGACAGGUUCCAAUGCACGCCUUUUUAAAGUUGGAGACCGUGUUGGAUGGGGCUAUGUUCACAACAGUUGCGGCAAUUGCAAGUGGUGUUUGACAGGAUGGGAUACUCUCUGUCCUGAGCGAAAAUUGUACGGAACAGACGACUUGCAUCAGGGAAGCAUGGGAUCACAUGCCAUCUGGGACGAAAAAUAUGUUUUCGCCAUCCCAGACUCCAUCUCAAGUGAAAACGCUGCUCCAUUGAUGUGUGGAGGAGCAACUGUCUUCAACUCUCUCAAAGUAUACAACGUAAGGCCGACAGACUGCGUUGGGGUUAUUGGCGUUGGAGGUUUGGGCCAUCUCGCCAUUCAGUUUGCCUCAAAGAUGGGUUGCAAGGUGGUCGUAUUCUCGAGCUCAGAAGACAAGAAAGCAGAAGCUAUGAAAUUGGGGGCAAGCGAAUUUGUUGUCACAAAAGGAGUCAAGAAUCUCACCGUUUCAACGAAAAUCGACCAUCUACUGGUGACGACAUCCUCGCCCCCUGAUUGGCAACAGCUCAUACCAGUCCUCGCACCCGGCGCAACUAUUUAUCCUCUGACAGUAGACGCCGGAGACCUCCGUUUCCCCUACAUGGGCCUAAUAGCGAACGCAUUCAGGAUCCAAGGCUCUCUGGUCGCGGCGAGGCAAAUACACAAGGAGAUGCUAGAAUUCGCUGCACAACAUGGCAUCAAACCAAUCACUCAGACGUUCCCUCUUAAUAAGGAAGGAAUCUCGCAAGCUUUCGAAACUUUGGAAAGUGGAAAGAUGAGAUAUCGGGGUGUCUUGGUUGCAGAAUCAGAACGUACAUGAUCAAGCUACAAGCACGUUCGUGGUUCUAUAAAUUUACAUGGAGAGUUUUCUGUCAUGUAGAGGGGCUGUGUUUUUAGUGUAAGCGUUUUGUUUUCAACACAUGAUUGACUUGGACGACAAAUUUUUGCGCAAUAUUAGCAUGUGCAGAGACCUCAGUAUAGAAGAUUGGACUUUCGGUUAUUAAACCUCUUUCAAAAAUUUGGCUCCCAUAUUUGUUAUGAGAGUCUUGGUAAUUUGGUGUGCCGAAUAUACUGUUUCCAGCCAACUAAAAUGAUGAAGAAGUUCGUGAUACUUUUGCACGCACUGCAGUUCAUUCAUAGUUAAAUGCAGAAUCUUGCCCCCCUUUUCCACGACUUAGAGGUAAAAUGCAUCUCGUAUCGCCAUGG